AUUACAUCCCACCUCUUUGCCUUCCACUCGAUUCAACACACCAUAAAAGAGCGCCUCGGGGCCAAGGAUCUCUUGUAGACGUUCUCUGGGCUUCUGAGAGGCCUUUCUCCUCCACCAUACCAUUCGCCUCACCUGUAGGCCCAAGUUGCAUCCGUCGACACGUCCGGCGUGCUAGAUCCGCGAGUUCGCAACAAUGGCUGCGACCGCCGGAUCACCGCCAGCAGCCACAAAUAUUGGAGGUGCAGUUGAGACGAAACCAAUCUUAUCAAGACAUCCUUCACUAUGUAUGAAACCGAUUCAGAGUCCACCGGUGGGCUCUCCAAACCCCUCGACACCUUCUGCACCAUUGUCUCUCACGAGCAAAGAGUGGGUCGUUCCUCCACGCCCGAAACCUGGCCGCAAGCCGGCAACCGACACGCCCCCAACCAAGCGCAAGGCCCAAAAUCGGGCAGCGCAGAGAGCGUUCAGAGAAAGACGUGCCGCACGAGUUGGAGAACUGGAAGAGCAACUCAAGCAGAUCGAGGAUGAGCACGACCAUGAAGAAGAGGUCUUGAAGCGAACCGUCGACAAACUCGAGAGAGAGGUCGAACAAUAUAGAGCCGACCUUGCCAAUUGGGUGGAUCGUUGCCGACGGCUAGAGAAUGAGCUCGUUGCCCUCAGAUCGAGCACCACGAGCACCUUGAAGCACGGCGAUAGUGUACGAGACAAGCCAUCUCCGGCAGCCGAUACAGCGAUCAACGACACUACCGUCGGCUGCGGCAAUUGCACCUUAGAAACUCGCUGUCAAUGCAUCGACGACGCAUUUACGGCCAUGGGCGGCGAUGCAAACACUGGCAUCCAUCAGCAUGAGAAGCGGCCCCAUUCACCCGUGCUGGAAGACGUCGACAAAAGGAUCAAAGUUGAGCCUAAAGAAACAAUGGAGAUCGACUUCACUAGCAUGUACAUGUCCAAGGAAGCACCACCCAGCGUUACCCGGCCGGAAGACCGCCGAGGGGCAUCAUCUGCCGUCGCGGACCCCUGCGGCUUCUGCUCCGACGGCACACCAUGUAUCUGUGCAGAAAUGGCCGCAGAGCAGGAACAAGCGCAACUUCAAUCUCGGCCAGACGCUGUAACCAACCUCGGUCGACCCUUGACUUUGGGACCUACGGCGAAUCCACCUCGGCAACUCAAUCAGUUCACACCACCCCCGUCGGAAGGCGACGUGUCCAUGUCCGUUCCAGCUCCUGCAGACGCUCCGCUGCCCACAGGUGGCUGCGGCACCUCGGGACCAGGUACCUGUGCUCAAUGCCGCGCCGACCCGAAUAGUACUCUGUUCUGCAAAUCCCUCGCAGCAUCGCGGGCACAGUCGGUCAACAGCAGCAGCACGCCAGCACCGCUUCCGCAAGGUUGUUGCGGUGGUUCUACCGCCGGUGGCUCGUGCUGUCAGAGCCGUAACGACAACGGCAACGGGUCUGUUCCUUUGCCGCCACGGACGACACGGUCUCGUGCGGCGGCAGCAGCUACAGUUAGAGUGCCGCCGCCCAAAGCGGGCGUCACGCUGACCUGCGCCGAUGCGUACACGACGCUGAGCCGCCAUCCUGCUUAUGAGAGGGCAAGUGGCGAGAUCGCGACCUGGUUGCCCAAGUUGCAUGCCAACGACGCAGCUCCUCCGAUGGUGGGCCGCCCCGCGCUCGAAAUUGAUGCUGCGAACGUCAUGGCUGUGCUGAAGGACUUUGAUCGCAGAUUUGGGCAAAAUCGAUGAGCCCUCAUGGAGACAUCCCCCACCUUAUAGAGUCCAAGGACGAUAGGUCGCGCGGGUCCCUGCCAUAGACGCGACUGCAACGCUGACGAGUUGGAACGGCACCUACCAGUAAUUGAACCCGCCAGCGACGUCUGGAGACCUUUCCCGUCAUGCACAUACACCCUACGAUACUCGGUUCGAGGUCAUGGAACCAACAUUACGAGUCACGACCUAGCCAUUACAGCGGCCACAUGUCGUGAGGCAACCACGAACAUUAACAAAAUUACAUGUACAUACUUCUUUGCACAUAUUCCAACAUGUCAAAUUGUCUGAAUAGAAGAGAACCAA